AUGAAAAAUGUGCAUAAUUUUGCUGGUUGUGGUGUUUUGAUUCAAGCCUGGGGAUGGUCCAGAAUGCCCAGACUGUCACCGAUCAACCCCAAUCCAUUUCACUUUCCAUACGCAACCAAGUGGUCCGCGUAUGGGAUGAAUUACGAAAAAACACCGCAUCAUUGUGCUCCUGGGUAUCGGACGUUCUUCGAUCAUUUUGAGGAAGAUGAUUUUCUAUGGAGACCCUAUCUUGAACUUGAAGACGAGGAUCCAACUGAAAGCGAUAUGUGGAGUUCUACAACAUUCAUAAUUUCUUUCACUAUUGUUGAAAUGCAUCAUUCAGAUAGGGUGAAACUCCAAUUCGGAAUUAAACAAGACAUUCCUGGUCCACCUACAUGCAUGGAUACGUACCACAAAAGUGUAGCGAGCGACCAAUGGAAAUUCGAUGAUUGGAGAGACCAUAACAGACAAGAACGACAACAAUGGAUGGAUCGUCGCCGCACUGUUCUACGAGGAAAUGUCAUGGAUGCCGAAUGUAAACCAAGUAGAGAAUACAUGAGUUGGUAUAGAUCUGUGACCAAUUUGUAUCUAUCACAAAAUAGAUACUUGUGGGACCCUCGAAACCAACCAACUUCAUCAAACUUCCAAAACACCCCCUCCAUGACUUAUGACACCCAACCACCAAUAUUUAACACCCCACAACAAAUAUUUAACACCCCACAACAAAUAUUUAACACCCCAUUCAACCCAAACCCAACACAACCACCUUAUACCCCAAGCCAGCACUACAAUCAACCUUACACAUCAUUUAACCCAAACCCCUUCAACAUCCAACAACAAAACCCAACCUCAUCAUACACCCAAUAUAACCAAUUCUCAUUCUCUCAACCUACCCAACAAGAACAUAACUACCAAACACCCCAAACACAAGUUCCUUUUUACCCUUCACAAAACUUCACCCUUUCUCAAGACCAACAUCCAUACACACCCUACAUGACUAACGCGGCGCCACCUAUAAACCCACCAACUUGGAGUAAUGAGGGUACGAGAUUAAGUUAUGGAAGUGCGGCAGCUGACGACGAUUUCAAUGAUGAUUUGGUCGCUCAAUUCAUGAACCCUAACAAUGAUGCAGGACCAUCUACGCAGACCCAAAACGCUGAGGUUGAUCGUAGAAGGUCCACCAAAAAUGUACAAGCUCCUGCCUAUGGAACCCACCAACGCUUACGUCGACCGGGUCGAAAUUAG